GAAGAUAAAAUAAGAAUUGAGGUAAUACAUUUUUUUUUUGAAAGACCGUCUCGGAACUCCCAUGUAAAAUCCACUUCUCUUGUCGCUUUUUAUUCUUCCAAAUGGCACUCCCCGAGUCCCCGAGUCUUUUCACUUUCGCGUGUUCAUCACAUGACGCCAUUUACAUAAGAACCAAGUAGUGCUUACUCAUUCGGUAAUGUAUAAUGGCUUUCUGGGUUUCAUUUGAAAACAAGAUUAAAGCAUUGUUUAGAAGCGCAAAUCUUUUAGGGGCAUUAGUACUUUUUCCUUAAUUUUUAACAUAAAAGCCAACCUUUACUUUUCAUUUCUUCCGAGUUAGUGCUGCAUUGACAUGUCCGUUUGUGAUGUGGAAGGGGAAGAUGGAAGAAAUGUGCUAUUCGGAGGAAGUGGUUCAGGCCUUGUUGGAGCAUUUUGUUGAGCCUUUUUUGCCCAGCUGCCGAACGAGACAAACCCCUACUCCUUCCCAACAUCAGACAGUUGCCAAACAGAUGCAUGCUGUGGUGUUGCUUUACAAUUACUACCAUAGAAAGCAAUAUCAAGAAUCGGAGUUUCUUGAUUUCACGUCGUUUUGUAAGUUGGCAAUUGUAUUGAAACCAAACUUGAUGGCUUACAUGAAACUCAUGCAUCAAGCAGAUUAUUCUAUGAUGGAUAAUUUCGAGAAUAAGCUUUCACAAACAGAAAAGGCAAUACUCUGUGCAUGCAACAUAUCUACAUCUCUGGACGUGUCAAAAAGUGUUCCCGUCACAGAUGAGUGGCCAGUGUCUAAAGUUGCUGUCUUUUUAGUGAACUCGAGGAGGGAAAAUUGCAUGCUACUUGAAAGUGACAUUACCCAUGGCGUUAUAUCUAUACUUGAGAAAGAUCUGGAGGUUUCUAGUAUUCAUGUACAUAAUACUCUAGAAUCAGAAUGCAAAGACAAACAGACAGGAGCUGCAGAAUUAAUAUUGAAUGAUUUUAAAAAGAAUGAUGAUAAUGAUCAGCUCUUGGAUUUAGCUUUUUCCGCUGUUAAAAAUGUGGCAGGCAUCAGUAAAAGGGAUUUGGUGGUUCUAGAGACCCAUAUUGUAUAUUCCUUAAAUAAACCAAAGGCUGCUGCUCGCUUAUAUCUUAUGCAAAACACUCAAUCUAACAAUGGUGACACUUGGCCUCAUAUUAAAGAUAUCAUUGGAAGCUUGCAAGGUCCCCUGGUGAAGAGGAGCUCUAACGGAUGGAUGGUGACUUCAUUUGUCAAAUAUUUCCACAUGAUACCUUACAUGGAGGCUUUGUCUGAUUGGAUUUCUAGAGAAGCAUCAACAAAGGGUUUUCCGAAUCAUAAUUCGGAAUUAGUACUUCUUCCUUCAACCGGUGAUCAAACAGCUGUGAACUCUUGUGUAAUGUUAAUUACUCAAGUCGGUGUUAACUCCAGUCCUGAUGACAUUGCAGAGGAAUCACUUUGUUGCAGUCCUAAAACCAAAAGUAACAAACUUGCAAGAAAAAACAAUUGUAGGGAAUUCCAAAUUGUUGAUUUCUCUGAGCAGGUUGAUAGACCUGUAUGUAUGGAUGUGCCCGGUUCAGAUGCAGUUUUCUCUCAGAGAGGAAUUGAAAGCCAAAACUAUUCAAGUUCUGCCGAAGUUUAUUGUCGAUUGAAGAAAAGUUUACCUUUAAAAGAGGAUCAUAGAAUGACAUUAGGCAAUUGUGCGACUGAGGGAGGCGGUUCUUGUACGGAGAGUCUUAUAGCACAAAAUCAACAUCAUGAGAGGCUAAAUGCUACCUCAACUUCUGGAAAUGCAUCAUCCCGUACUAUCUUGAGAAUUCUUUACCACCUAAGGCAGAAGCUGUGUGAGCAACAUGAGAGGGUGAGUGCUGAAAUUUUGCGGUGCGACAUGGAUAUUGAUGCUGCCUUAAAUGAACUUACAAAAGAUACUGACAAUCCCUAUCUGGGAAAGGAAGAAGUUCAACAGAGAAGUAGUCAACCACUUGAAGAAGAGAGUUUGUCUGAGGCCAUUGUCAGUGUGGAAAACCAUUGCAAGAAACUGGAUGAAUUGUGUCGUCAGAUGAAGUGGAAACUUCCAAGAUAUCAAGUCUUUCCGUAUAAAGAUGGAUUUGCUGCCAAUGUUAUGGUUAAAGAAGGGUGCCAUAUGUGUCAAGGCAGUGUAUGCCCAAAUCCUUCCGAAGCAAGAGAGAACGCGGCUUCAUAUAUGAUGGCCAAAAUAGCCAAAUUGAGUGAGGCAAAAUUGCUAGCUACUUAGUUAUGCCCCACCCCAGAUUACUUACAGGGAGACUUGUAGCUUAACAUGAUGUAGUGCUCCUCUGUAGAAUGGUAUUUUCCACUAAUGUUCUGAGAUUUUAUGUAGGAAAGGCAUGCCUUGAUGGUAACUUGUUCCUUAUUCCAUUCAAGACAUGCUGUAAAUUAGCACUUCUACUUUGCAAACUACAACUCCUGUUUUUGUUUAACUAUCUAGGUGGACUUCAUCUAAA